AUGGAAGGGCUCAGCAGGGGACCAAUCAAUCGGCAACAUAGCGAUAAACCACAGGUUCCCAAAAGACUUCGGUCAACUUGUGACCGAUGCACGAUGCUCAAAGUCCGGUGCGACAAGAAAAAGCCUCGUUGUGAACGAUGUGAAUCGGUGCAGCAGCCAUGUGUAUAUGGCCCAUAUCGUUGGAAAGGCAGAUCAACAAGAAGCCACACUGGGCUUAACAAAUCCUACAUUCGUUCCAGUGGGCCAGUACCACGGGGGGCUGUAGAGUCUUUCCGGCAGGCAGCGACUCAAAGCACGCCAGCGGGGGAAACUAUGAUCUCAGAGGGUGCUGUAAAUGCGUUGUCCGACCUGCCUUUGUUCCCAGCGCUGGACACUUUAUCGUUCGACUUUCAGGAUGAGAUCGAGGGUAUAUACAUUGGGCUAACCGACGAUGAUGGCAACGAUUUGACGUCUGCGCCUAGUGUAGGAGACUUUAUGGGCCCUGGAGCGGAUCAUGUCUCGCAUCACAUAGAGACUGGGCGCCUAGCUGUCCUAUCCGGAAGUGAACCACAUCCUAUGCUAGACUCGGGCAUAUCCGACUCACAUUUCUCUUCCCCAGGCUCCUGGGCUUCGCGAAACGUUUGCCCAUGCGCUAGUCUAACGUUUGGUGUUCUCCAUGAAAUGUACCGCGCUGAGACCACAUGCGGGAUCGAGACAAGCUCUUAUUUGCCAUCAAGUGACCACAUCCUCAAAAUUAACCGUGCGGCGGUUAAGAAAAUCCAUGAGGUUCUAUCACGACAGUGUACGGAGUGCCAUGGAUACCACAGUAUCCUGCUCUUGGUCGUGGCUAUAAUGUCAAAGAUUUUAUCAUGGUACCAAACCGUCUUUAACCGCAUCAUUCAGUACUCUCCAGCCAAGAGUCCUGGUGACCAAGUUGAGCCUGCCUUUGUGACGCCCAUUCAAUUCGGUGAUUUCGAGCUUGACAUGAAUGCGGAGCAGCGAAUCACAGCACAAUUCUUGCUUUGCGAGCUUGAGCAGAUCAAUAAGGUACUCGCCCUCAUCAAAGACAGUCCACCUAGAACAGCUCAGGAUGGGAGGGACUCGAUGAACACUUUUGUUGGUGCGGUUUGUCAGUUCCUUUCGUCCAACCUAACCGACUUAAUAAGUAACGUGGAUGGAUUUUGUGUGUCUAGGCCAUCGUUUGCUCUUUGUUAG